AUGUGGGAGGCAAAGCUGGGACCCAACGUCAUCAGCUAUAGUGCUGGGAUAAGUGCGUGCGAGAAGGGCAAGCAGUGGCAGCUGGCCCUGGCGCUGCUGAGCGAGAUGCGGGAGGUGAAGUUGGAGCGAAACAGCAUCAGCUGCAAUGCUGGGAUCAGCGCGCUCGAAAAAGGCAGCCAGUGGCAGCAGGCCUUGUCGCUGUUGAGCGAGAUGCGGGAGGCGAAAUUGGAGCCCAGCGCCAUCAGCUACGUGGCUGGGAUCCGUGCGUGCGAGAGGGGCGAGGAGUGGGACCAGGCUUUGUUGCUACUCUGUGAGGCGAGGCAGGGAAAGGUGAAAUUAGAUAUUCUCCACUACGACGCUGCAAUCAGGGCGUGUGGGACAUGUAAGAAGUGGCAAGUUUCGCUGUCACUGUUCAGAGAAAUGCAGCAACAGAAGAUGAAACCUGACCAGUACAGUUUAGCGGGUGCUACCAUAGCGUGCGGUCGCCAGGGAGAGUGGCAACAAGCGUUGUCGGUUGCACUGGAGCUGUGGCAGUCCAAACUGGAACCAGACACUUUCAGUCUCAGUGCAACUAUCAAGUUUCUUGUGCAGGGCAUUUCCCGCCAAAAGACAACCUAA